CCAAGAACAAAGGAAAAGUACGUCGCUCUACGCGCAUUACCCCGCCACGUUGCCCCGCCACCAUCCCGCAUCCCACAAGGCUUCCUCGAGAGCGCAUGCUGACACAAAGUAUAGGGAGGAAAGAACCGACGUAGGGGCAAGAACGAGAACGAUAACGAGAAGCGUGAGCUCACCUUCAAGGAGGAGGGCCAGGAAUACGCACAGGUCAUCAAGAUGCUGGGCAACGGUCGCCUGGAAGCGCAAUGUUUUGACGGAACCCGCCGCCUGGGCCACAUCCGCGGCAAGCUCAGGAAGAAGGUCUGGAUAAACCAGGGUGACAUUAUCCUGCUCAGUCUGCGUGACUACCAGGACGAGAAGGGCGACGUUAUCCUCAAGUACUCCGCCGACGAAGCGCGCUCACUGAAGGCCUACGGCGAACUGCCCGAGAACGCAAAGAUCAACGAGACCGACACGUACGGCGACCAGGGCGACGAGGGUAUCGGCUUCGAAUUCGACGAGGACCGUGACGACAGCGACGACAGCGAUGACAAGGAUGGCAAGGAGCUCGACAUUGACGACAUCUAAGGGGUUAUGCAGUCCGCCAUGCUGCCCGGUCUCUAUUUGCCACUACGCGACAAGCACAAC